AUGUCAUCUCUUAACUAUGCCAGAACCGGUCCCGUCUAUUCGUCCAUUAAUUCACAAGAACCUACCAACGGAAAUCAACAGAAUGAAAGCAAGAGUUGGAUUCAAAAAAACAGGAUACUUAUGAUAGAAACGGCACUUUUUACCAACGUCUUCCUCUCUGGGUUCGACAGCACAAUUACAGCGUCAAUUUACCAACUCAUUGGUGACGAGUUUGAAAAUGCAGAGAUCGCCAGUUGGAUUACCACAGCGUAUCUGGUCACAUGCACUUCAUUUCAGCCGUUGUACGGGUCCUUUUCAGACACACUUGGAAGACGGAGCUGUUUGUUCUUCGCCAACGGCAUUUUUGCACUGGGUUGCCUGGGAUGCGGUUUAUCGUCAAACAUUUACCUGCUUAUAUCCAUGCGUGCGAUCACGGGCGUGGGGGGCGGCGGAUUAAUUACACUUUCCACUAUAGUUAACUCAGACAUCAUAAGUGCUGAGAAGCGGGGAAUAUUUCAGUCCUUCCAAAAUAUUCUCGUGGGCACAGGAGCAGUUGUGGGCGCAUCCUGUGGCGGUACAAUUGCGGCAAAAUUUGGCUGGAAAUGGUGCUUCCUUGUUCAAGUGCCAAUCUCUUUGGCUGGAAGCUUAAUGGCGUUUAUGUUUGUACAGAAUCCAGUUCCCAGUGCUGGCCAAAUAAUAUCCACGAGUAAAUGGAGAAGAAUUGAUUUCAGCGGCGCGAUUCUUUUGAUUUUGGGCUUGACCGGUCAACUGGUAUUUUUGACACUGAUCAGCUCUAUUGCUGGUAAAAAUUUCGAUUCUUACGAUGUCAAGUCGUCAGGAUUCUUGCUUCUAAGUAUUGCAUCCUUGAGUCUUUUCGCGUACAUCGAAAAAACAACGGCUGCGCAUCCGAUCAUUCCUCGAGAUCUUCUCGGAAGAAACUCCGAUAGCAUUCUGCUAAUUGGGUUUUUCGUAGGUUUCGUUGCGUACGCAUAUUUGUUCACUCUCCCACUUUAUUUUCAGGUAGUGAGCGGUGAUUCUGCUGCUCAAGCAGGUCGAAGACUCGCGAUCCCCGCUUUCUGCACACCGAUUGGAGGUCUGAUAAUGGGCAUAUCAAUGAAAAAUACUAGCCGCCUGCCUGUAUUACUCAUUGCCGGGAUAUCGCUCAUGCUUUUAGGAAAUUUAUGUUUCCUAUUUAUAGGCAAAUCCACUUCUAGCUGGUUGACUUUCUUGCUGCUAAUUCCUGCAAAUAUCGGGCAGGGUAUAACAUUUCCAUCGACUUUGUUCUCGUUUUUGUUUGUUUUUUCUAAAAGCAAACAAGCAACUGCCACUGCGGUCUUAUAUCUCUUUAGAAGUAUCGGAUGCGUAUGGGGGGUGGCAGGUACCUCCGGACUCGUUCAGAUAAUUGUGAGUCGGAGCCUGAAGAAAAAACUCAGAGGAGUGUUACAAGAUGACGAAAUCAUUCAACUGCUCGAAAGACUAAGUCAAAACACAAGCAUCAUACGGGGCUUAAAGCCCAUAGUAAGAGAAAUGGUGAUCGCAAGCUAUAAAACUGGUAUCCAAAGUGUCUUCGUCCUAUCUGUUGCGCUCAGUUUGAUAGCUCUUGUUCUCUCCGUAAGAGAUAGAGGAAGUUUCAGCAAACAUCAAACGAAUAGCAUUGCUGGGCUGGAGCGCCGCAUUAGUUUCUGA